CUCUAUUGCGGCUUGUCUCCUGAAGAGCUCUUUGACCAGAUGUAAGAGGCAUAUGAGCGACACAUCCUGUGUUCAUAUGAGGAAGUGUGGGCUCGGCCCUGUGUGAGAGUGCGUGUGUAUGUGUGUGUACAGAGAGUGUGCAUGAGAAGUGUCAGCGUGUGUAGUGUGUUUGGUCAUGCAUAGUAAAACUUGUUUUUAAAGACAAAUAACGCGUCUUUGAGAGUCAUGCUUCAGAGGAAAUCUUCAAAUGCCGCAGAGAAGCCAAGGAAUAAGCCAAAGCGCUCUUACAGCUUCGGCAGGUUCGACACAUCCAAAAAUCAGUCCAAAUUGGAGGAGCAUGAAGGCGCUUUGGGACAGGCCGCUGAUGGCGACCCGGCCGAGGGCGAACAUAUCAAAGGGGGAUUAGGGAAGAAGAUGAAAGCCAUCUCGAUGACCAUGCGCAAGAAGAUGGGGAAGAAAUACACUCGCGCUCUCUCAGAGGAAACGGGAGAUGGUGUAGAUGGAGACCAGGAAGCUGAAGGACAGCCUAAUGUGACUGAAGCUCCAGCCAAAGCCCACACCAAGUCCAGUAACUCUGUGGAAAGUCUCUUCAGUCUCCACAGUGGCCAAAGCUCAUCCAGUAGUGGCAUCACCAGUUGCUCCGAGAGCUCGUUUAACAGAGACAGUCUGAGGCUGGAGGAGGAAGUUCCCGAAACCAUCCAUUUCUGUGGCAAAGCAAAAGUUCACACCGAUUUCCUCCCGAGUCCAUAUGACACCGAGUCUCUAAAACUCAAGGUUGGAGAUGUGAUCGACGUCAUCAGUAAGUCCCCCAUGGGCAUAUGGACAGGCAUGCUGAACGGCAAAAUCGGCAGUUUUAAGUUCAUCUACGUAGACGUUCUGGCCGAGGAACCUGCUCCAAUUCACAGGAUGGGAAAGCACAGGAGAAGCAAAAGACCUCGACCCAAAACGCUCCAGGAGUUCCUCGAGAGACUGAACUUGGAGGAGUUUGUGUCCUCCCUGUUGCUAAACGGUUAUCAGACUGUAGAUGAUCUGAAGGAUCUGAAAGAGCAGCAUCUGAUUGAGCUGAACGUGACCAAUCCCGAGCACAGACAAAAACUGCUGGCAGCGGCAGAGAAUUUACAUGACGCAGAGGCUAACAGUCAGAGAGAAGUCGAAGAUGAGGAAGCUCCGAAAUCUCCGAGCGCAACGGGGAAAGCUGAACCGAACGACUGCCCCAGAGACUCGGGCUGCUACAUCACCUCGGACUGCUCUGACAACAGCAGCAAAGAGGACACAGAACACCACCUUCCUGCACCUCUGUCCUCAUCAUCAGCUGAGGUCUAAUCACACCACAGUGUGUUUCAGCGCUGUGAGAACCUGACCUACAUCUCAGGAACAACACGACCCAGCCAUCAAUCUGUGUAAAUGUCAGGACGUUACUGUAGUUGUUGUUUCAGCAUCAAACUGGAGCCUUCCUUCCAUUAUGAGCUGUCAGUCAGUUGUGCCAUGAAACAUAGGAAACUGAUAUAUACAUUUAUGUGUGAGUGUGUGUGUGUGGGUGUGUCUGUCACUUCUUUCAACAUUCACUGUAAAUCAGAGAGAACAAAAGAACUGUAAAUAGAAUGUAAAUGACAUGUAAAAGAAAUACAUGAACCUUCCUUAAAUAAACCUGAUAUAUUUUCUGCA